GUGGGGUGUGACUUAAAAGAAAACAACACCCACAUCCACACGCACAUCCACACCCGCUCACAUCCACACCCAACCCAUCCCAUCCCAUCCCAUACAAUCUCAACCCAGCUCAACCCAUCCCAACCCAUCUCAACACAACCCAACUCAACACAACCCAAUCCAACCCAACCCAACCCAUCCCAUACAAUCUCAACUCAACUCAACCCAACCUAACCCAACCCAACCCAACCCAAUCCAACCCAACCCAACCCAAUCCAUACAAUCUCAACUCAACUCAACUCAACCCAACCUAACCCAACCCAACCCAACCCAACCCAACCCAACCCAACCAUUCUCAACCCAACCCAUCCCAACCCAACCCAUAGCAUACCCUUCUUGAAAUCAUUCUGCACUUGAGCUGCAGUCAAAUUUGAAUUUCCAGGAAAGCGGAAUUUACCAUGCCCUCCUAAUUUUAGACUAUACUUGCAAAUAAAACAUCAUCCAUUCGUUCAUUUCGUCCAACCAAUAACUAUGCGAGAACAAAAUAUGUCGUAUUUUUCAAUAGAGGAUGAUAAAGAGAGAAAGGAUGAAAAUUCUAUUGGCUUGUUUUUUUUUAAUCAAUGAAACAAAAUAAUAUAUUUCUUUCCCUUGUUUCAUGAGAGAUCAAAGUCAUUGGUUAAUUUAGUUUAACCAAUAAAUGUUCAAAAAAACAGAGACGUCGUAUUUUGACAGUGUUACUGGAAAUGAUGAAAAGAAAAAUAUUAUUUAACAUAAAAUUUUUAUUUAAUAUUUAUUUUCCCACGAAUUUCAUAAGUUUUUUUUCAAGAAAAAUUCUACAAAUAUUUUUAUUUAAAUUUUAUUUUCUCUUUUAUUUUUGUUCUCGUAUAUUCAAUGGUUGCAAAAAAUGAACCAAUGGAUGAUGUUUUAUUUGGAAGUAUAAUCUAAAGCUAGAUAAUUACCAUUUUUCUCAUUGAUUUUAUUUUCAAAAUUGAUCAAUGAGGUGUGUGUAACGAAAACGGAGAUGCAGCUCUACCACUGGUUGGGCAUUGAUGUUAAUGAGCUCCUGGUGCAUUCCACUAUCGUUAUGACAAAUGGAGAGACAUAGUUUUAGUGCCUUAAGGCACGAUGUUUAUUCGACUAUGUUCUACAUCCAAAUGUAACAAUCUCAAAUACAACACGAGCUUAUAUACGCGAGAGAGAAAGAUACAAGAUGAAACAGGAAGAAAGACAAGUAGGAGAGAACAUGACACUCAAUAUAACAAAAAAGGAAGAUCAUUAAUUGAGGUCAUACAAUAUAAGAGGGAGGAAGAAAGAAAGAAAAGAGAUGACCGAGUGUUACGCAUUACAUGAUCAGCACAACAGUUGCUGUUCAAAAGGACAUCCGUUAAUUGUUGUAUCUUCUGUUGGAACUAUUUCAUUUAUGUAAUGUGAUCAUUAGCGCCAUUUCAUCAGUCAUAGUAUUCAUUGUUCUGUAAUCGUUCCAUUCACCCUCAUCUUGUGUUGCCACAGUGUCCUCGUACAUAAUCAAUUGAAUGAUUGAUGGACUUGUGACAUAACGAUGAUCACUCAUUUUCUUAAAUGACGAGUGUAUUCCUUGGCACGGUGUGGAAUUGAUAGUAUUCAUCGAGCUCUACCUAGAUCCAUGAUUGAUUCAUCUUGUUCAAGUUUCUGAGCGCAUCGGCAGGAGUCUUUCGCAUUUCUACAAUUUUUUGGGCGAUAUUUAGGAUUUUCUCUGUGAGCGAGGGAUCCUACAGAAAAAAUAAUUAGUCCAGAAAAUAGAGCUGAUCGAGCUCUAUCUGAAUCCACCAUUAUUCCACCUUGGUCCACUUUCUGCGCGAAAUGGCAUGAGCUUUUCGAAAUUUUACAGGUUUUUGGGUGGUAUUUGGAUUUUUCUCAGUGAAGGAGGGGUCCUGGAGAAAAAGUAAUUAGUCCCAGAGAUAGAGCCCGUUGAAAUUUGUCUGGAACCAGGAUUGGUUACAAUUGGAACCGGCUCAGAAUUGAAUCGGGAAAGAAAAUACUAAGAUUUUCCAGGUUUGAGGCGGUAUUUUAGGUUUUUGGUAGGCAACGAAGGAUCUUUGGAAAAAAAUAACGCCUGGAAUCAAUAGAGCUCGUUGAGAUCUAUCUGAAGCCAGGGCUGGUUACAAUUGAAACCGGCUGAGAAUCGAAUCGGGAAACCAAAUACUAAGAUUUUCCAGGUUUGAGGCGGUAUUUUGGCUUUUUGGUAGGCAAGGGAGGGUCAUUGAAAAAAAUAACCCCUGGAAUCAAUAGAGCUCGUUGAGACCUAUCUGGAACCAGUGUUGAUUACAUUGGAACCGGCUGAGAAACGAAUCGGGAAAGGAAAUACUAAGUUUUUCCAGGCUUUGGCCGGUAUUUUGGUUUUUUCUCGCGCAAGAAAGGGUCUAUAAACAAAAGUGAAGUUUGGAAUCGAUAGAGCUCGUCGAUUUCUACUUAGAACCAUCAUUGGAAUCAAUUUUAUCGGUCGAGGAGCGAAUCGGAAACGGUAUUUCUGAAAUGUUUCUGUUUUUUAUGUAUUUUUUCGAAGUAUUUUGGGUUUUUCUUAGUGAAGGGGGUCUAUGGAAAAAAGCGAUGUUUGGAAUCGAUAGGGCUCGUCGAAUUCUACUUGAAACCAGUGAGAAUGAUAUUAGAACCGCUCCAGGAGCGAAUUGGAGAAGGAAAUACUCGAAUCGGUUGAUAAGAUAUCUUACAUUAUACUAUUGAGCAGCAUAUGACAUGUUAUAUGAAUUUCAAACCAAUUAAAAUCCUAUGCAUACAGAAAAAAAGCUGACGACGAUUUUACUCAGCAUAAAACUUCUGUGACUUUCGAGUCAGUAUUCUUAGAACUUAUCGACAUACUCUUAAGUCGUUUUUGUUGAUAUAUUAAAAUUUUUUUGACGGAAAAGAUCCGUUAACUGACAAAAAAUUGUGAUUCUGUCUGCAAGUGUUUUCAUAUUUGCAGGACGACAAAAGGAAUUUUUAUUACACUUUUUUAAAUACUGCAAAAUCUUGACUUCUUUCGAUUUCUUUGGAUGAAAAAAGAGUAUUAUUCUAGUUAAAAUAACCGUUAUAAAAAGAAGCGGAGCCAAAAAAUUUCAAUAAUUCUCAUCUUCAAAAAUAAUUGUUUAUUCAUUCAAUUCAUUGCACAGCAAUAAUUGACAAAAAUAUCUAUUAAACUAGUUUCCUUAGCAGUAGAGAUCUGCGAGUCUUUCAAGACCGGGGCUCGAAUCCGGGUCCGGAUCUAUAUAUAAGUUUAGCUUCAGACCCGGUUUGCAUUAAGUUACGAAUCUACAUAUAUAUAAAGUUGCCAAUAAAGAGCUAAAACAUUGUACUUUUAUUUGUUCAUGUACACAGAGGGUGCCAGAUAUUGAUGAAAAAAAGAGCCGGUCUGGAUCCGACCGGGUCCGGGUCCAAAAAAACAUGGACCCGCAGCUCUCUACUUAGCAGACGUCUUAAAAGAGUAUAAAGUCAAAGAAAUAAAUUUGUGGGUAAAAAUAAUUGAAAGACGAGACUGAUUUAAUCAGAAACCAUGUGUUUAUCUUUGUCUAUAUAUGUACAGAACAUGUUUUUGAGUGAUCACUAUAAUGUAAGAUAAAUACGAAAUUUCUUUAAAAUCUCAUAUUUGAGGAUAGAAAUGUUCGUUUGAAUCAAAUAUUUAGAGUAUUCUAAGGGCCAUUGAAUCUAGAUAUGGACUACAUAUCAGUUUAAAAAAUACAUGCAUGCCUGGAGAAGCCAGAACAUUUUCGAAUAUCUGAGCUCGCCUUUGGUUUGAACUUAUAAAUAUUCAUUAGAAAAGAAGGUCAUCUUUUUUUGUAUUAGUCUCUUUGAUAUCAGCAGUAGCAGUCUUUUUAGUUCCUGCAGGCUCUAUACUUUUAGAAUAACAAAAGAAUCCACGAGUAUGCUAUUUAGAUUUCUCAUUAGAAAUCUUCUGAAUGAGCAUCCAGUUCAUGAAGAAUGCUACGCAAGAUAAUAAUAUUUUUUUUGGUAUAAUUUAGAUCAACGAUGCUAUGGCAAAAAUGACACCUAAUGAAGAAGAUAGUGGGUUUGUCAUCAAAACGCCUCGAGGCACGCGAGACUAUCAUCCAGCUCAGAUGAGAAUUCGUGAAGAGGUGUUUCGUACGAUCAUCGACUGUUUUAAACAGCACGGAGCCGAAACAAUUGAUACGCCCGUUAUAGAACUCAAACCUCUACUUACAGAAAAGUAUGGAGAAGAUUCUAAGCUCAUUUAUGAGCUUAAAGAUCAAGGUGGAGCUGAACAGUUGGCAUUACGAUACGAUUUGACUGUUCCAUUUGCUCGUUAUCUUGCUCAGAACAAACUUUCGCAUAUGAAACGAUAUCACAUUGGUAAAGUUUAUCGACGGGAUAAUCCAAAAAUGACUCGAGGCCGAUAUCGUGAGUUUUACCAGUGUGAUUUUGAUAUUGCUGGUGACUAUGCAUUGAUGGUACCCGAUGCCGAGUGUAUUAAAAUAACUGUUGAAAUUCUUGACAAACUCGCACUCGGACCCUUUCGUGUCUACAUAAGACAAAAUACAUAA